UAACAAGUAUUGUCCAUGUCUUGGCAGGAAUCAACGUACACGCCGCAGGUUGAAGCCAUCUCCCCAACCCUUCCGUCGGACCCCAGAGAUGAGUCUCCGCUCAGGUCAACCAAAGAUGAUCUACUCAAACAUAUAGAACAAGUAGACCGUGAGAUUGCUAAGGCAGAGUCGAGCAUUGCAAAGCUUCGGAAGAAGGAGGGAGAGUUGCAGGCGGCAGCGCAGAAGGGUGAUGGCGCCAAGACGGAGGAAGAGGAUGUCAAGGAGCCCCGGCACCACAGUAUUGCUCAGAUUAUAUAUGCUGAGAACAGGAAAAAAGCGGAGGAAUCGCACAACAUCCUGGACAAAUUGAUGCCACCGACAGAUGUUCCCACAGUCUUGCCGUUGUACCACCAGCCGACGGACACGGAAGUAUACAUGUCAAACAAGCGGCAAUAUGCGGGAUUCAAGCGACGCUUGGUGGAGUAUUUCAAGAAGAGGCAUUCCAGCAAGAAUGAGAGGGACUCCAGCAUCACCCAGACGUACUCCAAGCUGAUGACGGAGUGGUUGAAGAAAGUUGAGAAGGUUGAGAACUCCAAGAGACACAAGGAGAAGGUGGCCAAGAACAGAGAACUCUUUGAGAAAGUCUUCCCAGAACUAAGGAAGCAGAGAGAAGAGAAGGAGAGGUUCUCAAGGGUGGGGGCCAGAGUCAAGAGUGAUGCUGAGAUGGAGGAGAUCAUGGAUGGUUUACAAGAGCAGGAGAAUGAGGACAAGAAGAUGCGGGCGUAUGCUGUCAUUCCACCAAUCCUCCUAGAGGACAAGAAGCGUCGCCACCGCUACAUCAACCAGAAUGGACUCAUCGAAGAGCCCAUAGGAGAGUACAAGGACCACAAGAACAUCAACAUCUGGACGGAACAGGAACGGGAAAUCUUCCGUGAGAAGUACCUCCAGCAUCCCAAGAAUUUCGUCGUCAUAGCGAGUUAUCUGGAGCGGAAGUCUGUCAACGACUGCAUCCAGUAUUACUACAGCACCAAGAAGAAGGAGAAUUAUAAGAUGUUGGUCAAGCGGCGGAUACGACGGCCGCGCAAGCCCAAUAAUCAACCGGUUGUGGAGGUUCUGGGGAUGAAUUCAACCGGGGUCACCACGCGGGGGUCUGUGGCGGCUCUGCGCACGCAGCAACCCCCAGGGCGCACCAUGACCAUGACCGGUGGCCAGGAUGAGCCACAGAACUACUCUGCGGCGGCUGGUGCCACCGCGCCGGCCGCCACUACCACCACUGACACCCCUGCCACCUCACCGGCGCCGGCCACCAUGACCCCGGAGCUGGCCAACACGGCUGCUGCCAACGACGCUUCAGCCGCCGCCGCAGCUGCCACACCUACCAUAUGCAACAAGGAAUUGCAAGAAAAAGACAAGGAAAACCUCUCUGUCAAUGACAAGCCUGGCAGACGGGAACGACUCCGCAAGGACGAUGACAAGAACAAGGAUGCCCAGGACUCCAGUGAUGAUGACAAUGCCGCAGAACACGGUAAGGGAGGACCCCACGAGUGCCUGGUGUGUAAUGCCCAGUUAGAACACUACGGACAGUCACGACCCGUGGGUCCGGGUCAGGCCUCACAGUACGGACUCUCAGAGUCCCAUCUGACCGCCAGUACUCGCGUCUGCAACGCCUGCAGGUGUCGGGCCGUACGUAGAAGAGUCACACAAUGCCCGAUACCUACUUGCCCAACACCUAAAUGGAGAGGGAAGAGACUGCGCCCACUACCCUCCAAGUGGACCCAACUAGCACCCGAAGUCAGGGAUCCAAUUAUUAGGGAGUUCCAGAUCCCGGCCGAGGUCAACAAGUGCUGCUCGGCUUGCCACAACCGCAUCAGUCGCAAGCUUGGCCAAGACCUGGCCGAGGAGCCAGUCGACCCGACCCGCUGGUCCGAAGAUGACAUCGACGGCCUUAGAGCGGCCCUCAGAGAGGUUGGGUGUCACUGGUCCAAGGUAGCGGAACGACUACCCAAUAAGACGGAGGGUCAAUGCAAAAGUUUCUAUUUUAAUUUCAAGAAGAAAUACAAGUACGACGACGUGGUGGCUGAGUACAGGAAAUCCCGGGGUAAGGGCGAUGGCCCGCCGACGGUGACAGAUGAAGAGGAGAGCGGAUCAUCUACAUCAAGCUGUGAGGAGGAUGGCGCUGUACCUCCGCCGCCCGCCGGGCCAGACUCUGCCUCCGACACCAACUCUGCGCCCUCCCCACCGGCGGCUGCGGCGGCACACUACAACAACAUAGAUGGAGAGAAGGCUGAGAGCGGUGGUGGCAGUGACGGUGUAAUCAAGGAGCCACCACCGCCGGUGGCACAGCCACCGGCCAGUGUACGGGAGGACAAUGAUUCCUCGGCCACGGCCAGCGCUGACGAGGGCCAGAGUGGCGUCGGCCGUGACUCCCCUGAGGUCCAGCACAUCCCCCACCCAGGCGAGAGGCGGCCACCGCCCAUCACGCCCACCAAGCCGCCGCCCCACACCACACCGCCCAACUCCAAGGCACCGCCGGCACCGGCAGAUGCUGUCUCAUCGUCAUCUAGCAACGUUCGCGACCUGAUUUACAUAACAAUUGAAAAGUCGCUGGAGGACAAGAUCCCGAACCCGCCCACAAAAUCGCCGCCCACCCUACACUCCAUCUUGAAAGCAACUCAUGGGCGGCAGGCGCCACCCCAGCCCUCGCCGGGUGGGGUAGAUUACCAGCGGGAGCAGCGGCUGGGCGUGCCGGGGCGGUACAAUGACCCGCGAGCAUGUCUCCCACCCAGCGACGCACCGCCAUACCACCCACAAGACGUGCAGUGCGAGGGGCUCGACCUGAGUAUCCACAAGCGCAACCGCUCACCGCCCCAGCCACCACCCCAGCCACCACUGCAUGCCCAGCAGACGCACCAGCCACCCACUGCCACUCCAAGGGACAUCCCAACACUGACAGUGAGGGGCGGUGCUGAGGUCACUAUCACCAGCAAGGAGCCACCACCACGAGCGCACUCCAACACAACAUAUGCCAAGCCACCACCCGAACCCUGGGUGCUGGCAGACCCGCGCAAGUCACCAUCAGCUUACAUCGCCGACUCCCGCACCAUGUCCCAUCAACCACCAUCAAUCAUGACCAGCGUGGUAGCCGGCGGUGCAUCACCGCUGGUGUACACCACACCUGUACGCCCUCAGCAUACCCAGCAGCCGCCCAAACCCAAAGUGAGCAUGGCGCCACCACCACCACUAACUACCGUGCGCAACCAACACCCACCGCCGCAGGCGGUCAGCACGGCGUCCAGAAUUCCCCUCAAGUCGGAAAAGCCGUUGCACGUGGGUUCCAUAACCCAUGGAACGCCGGUCAACCCGCCACCUAUAGUCUCUGUGCCCAUGUCGCAGUCGACCCGCUUCGACAUGAUGCCCAAGACUGGCAUGGGAAAGGAGGGUGGCUCCAUCACACAGGGAACGCCCAUGCAUCAUGACCAGAAGCGGUCAGGCAGCUCCAACCCAUACAAGGACGUGGUGUUUGAGCCCAGGCCGGGCAGUGGCGUCGAGAUCAUCCCUCGGCCAGCGUUCGCCCCACAGUACGACCGUGACCACAUGUACCGGGGCCCCAGGCCGCCCAUAUCCACUGCACCACCCACCACGACGUACGCCUACCCCAGCUAUGCCUACCCUGCCCGGCCGCCAUAUUCUGAAUCUCAGAUCACCUCGCGCCACAUCAUUGCUACUGACUACCUGACGUCGCAGCAGAUGCCGGGGCGGCGGGUCAACGAGAAGGACCCUAGGGUGUCACCACGGGGCCGGGACCACAGUCCCCAGCAGGAUCCUCGUGACCACCGCACCUUGCCUGGCGCCACCACCGUCAACCGCAUUAUCGACACCAGGGGAAUUGACCACCGGACGAUUGACAUCCGGACAGUAGAUCCCCGUUCCAUUGACCUCAGGAACAUGGAUGGCCGAAAUUUGGAUCCCCGGUUGGACCCACGGACGAUAGACCACAGGAUGGUUGAGCUGCGCAGCUCUGGGGACCCUCGUAAUGUGUACUACCAGGCGAGUGGACCCCACGGCUCCUACCAGCCGCCAGCGCAACCACCAUCAACUCCUGUCUAUCUACAGCAGGAGAGAGUCUCCCGGCCGCCACCCUCACCUGCCUCAACCAGGGACGCCACGCCCACGCCACCCACUAGUGAACCCGCCCCAUCACCUCAUGAGUUCCGUUCCCCCGGUGUCUCCACGCCCACCCCCCCACCCAGAGUGGGUGUCAUCCAGCGGCGGCCACCCAGCAAGCCGCCGCCUCACCUACCACCGCCCAAGAGUGCAUCGCCGCGGACAGAAACCGGAUGUUUUUCCCCGCGCCAUCCGCCCGGAUCGGAGAACUUUCAGGCACUGGUGGACAUUGCCGUGGCACAGCGAGGCAGCGCGGCGUACCCGGCAGUAGACAUACGGCGGGACAACCGUCCCCAUCACGACACCCAGCAAAUGGAAGGAUUUGAAAAGCAAUUGAGUGACUCCAUGAACCGUACGGUACGCUCCAACCCAAAACACGACAUCCGUGUCACGCCACAUGAUGGACGGGUGCCACCACCUCAACCAGAUGACCGCCGCUACCUGGAACACAGGGCUGAGUAUGAAAGGCAGAGAUGCCUGGCCAAAAACGCCGAGCUAAAGCCAGAUUUGGAGAACGAUGCGGCGAAGGGCCUGGCGGCCUGCUUCAAGAAGGAUGAGCCCAAGGCGGCACCAGCGCCAAAAAGCAGCAACCGUGGCCAGAGCGACACACUGACAGCGGCCAAUUUAAUCGAUGCCAUUAUCACACACCAGAUCAACAAUAACGAUGGUGGCAGUGGUGGAGGCAGUGGUGGAGCAGGUGGUGGUGAGCAGCGUACCUUCAGAAGAGAAGGUGAAGGGUUGCCAGUGGUUGAACUGGACAAGCGCGUCAGAACCUCAACCGUACCGCCAUCCAAGGAGAAGGAGGUGGUAAUGGUCGAGGAUGGGCCGGACCCUCGACCGGCCAACCCCAUCAACCACAAGGAUGGCCUUGGUGCCACUUUACAUGUACCGGCGCAUCACUCGGGGCCAAAGUCCAUACAGGCGCACAUGGACCAGAUUAUCCACCGGGAAUUUACCAGUGGUGACGGCCGCAAGAUGUCAGCGCCGCACCUCACAUACAGUCGGCCACCAUUUGAGAUCCUGAGAACAGAUGGGCGGUCAGUGGUUGGAUCUGGCGGCCCACCGGCAGUAACAGUGUCGCAGGUCGGCUAUGACCACUGGAAGGUCCGCGGCAGCGGGCUCGACAAGGACAGCAAGGAACGCAUCGAGUCUCGUUCACCACACCGCCCACCACCCACCACGCCCUCACCCAGUACCCACCACCUCUCCACUCAACACCUGGCACCAGACGAGCGGCAGAUCAUCCGCAUUGCCCAACCGGUGUCACCGCGUCCUGACCACAAGAUGCGCACGCCCCCAGCAGCACCAGCAGCCAGCUUCCCGGUGGAACCCAUAUCGCCGCCUACUUCCUCACCCCGCCCUGCCUCGGAUCCAAACCACACUGAACAGAAUGUUCACUGGAACUUCCCCAAGCGGUCAUAUCCACCGCAAUCCAAGGAGGUAUUUGAGUACGUCCGCUGUAAGAUUGCAGAGGUGAUGAGAACGCCGGACUCACAGGAUGGUGAGAAGCGGGUGCAUGAGGACGGUCGGCGGGCUGGUACGCCUGUGUCACAGCAGCAGACGAAUGCCCACUUUGAGGUGGAUGAUCCAGCAAAGAAACGCCAACGGCAGGACCCGGGUGAACAGCGGCCACCGUCCCGUCCACGGUCCACCGGGGCUGACGUGGCCAAGGAUAGACGAGAGGAGAGUGCGGCGCGUGACGAAGUGGCUGACUCGCCACAGUCGGGUGAGAUGGUAAUAGAUGAAACGCCACGCGACCACCCGCCCACUUCCAAGGCGGGGGAGGCUGGCGGUGGUGGCAAGGCAGCAGCCAAAGGAGGUGAGGCAGGCUACCCACAGGGCAGUGGCGGGCCGGGCAGCCAAUACCCUUACCCCUACCCCGGCUUCCGCACCCAUGGUGGCCAGGGCGGCCCUGGGGCUACCCCCGCCACCACCACCACUGCCACUGGGGCACGCCACCCCCAGGGCUAUGAGCCCAACGUGGAGCCGGUCAGCGACGACGACUGAGCCGCCGCAGCCGCCGUGAUAAGUGUUUAUCUGUGAUCUGUUAAGUGGACUAGUGUUGUCGCGCCGCCGCCGCCGCAGCCGCUCUCGGUGUACAAAACUAACCCCAUCUGUAUGUGUAUAUAGGCAUAAGUAGAUGUAAUACUCAGGCUACGGGCGUGAGGCGCCAGCCGCCGCUACGACCCCCCAAUCCCGCCCCGCCGCCCCCGCCACACCCCGAGUUCCCAUACCUGCCCCUUCUCCCGUAUUUAUGAAGCCGCCGCCGCUCUGGCGCGGUGGCAGGCGCGACCCCCUCCCCCGCCUGGGUGGCCAUGGACCAUCGCAGAGCUGAGGCGGGCGGGGCGGCGGCCGCCCGCCCGCCGCAUUCAGAUUUCAUUCCAAGGGGGAGCGGCGCACGCCCGCCGCGGGCGGCGAUGCGGCAGAUGGGACCGGCUGGACGGACGGCCGCCGCCAUCACCACCAUCCACCCCGCCCGUCCCGCCCCCCCGCCCACGCUCUCCUACGCACCGCCGCCCAAACUCUCUCAUCAUAUAUGUCAGAAAUGUUAUUUUUGUUGAAAUAAAGAUGCUCAAAAACCUUA